AUGCUCUUACGAUGGUACAGUAAACUGGCACUCCGCACCAAGUUACGAAGAUCGGUGCCAAGUUCAAACCCUGGAACUGUACAUCCUGCGGUAGCUGCAAGGACGAGAUUUGCACCUUCUCCUACUGGCUUUCUACAUUUAGGAAGUCUUCGUACAGCGUUAUACAAUUAUUUGUUAGCGAAAAAUACUGGUGGCCAGUUUUUGCUUCGGUUGGAGGAUACAGAUCAAAAGCGGUUGGUUGAGGGAGCGGAGGAAAACAUAUAUCGCAGUUUAAAGUGGUGUGGAAUUGAAGUGGAUGAAGGGCCUCAGCAAGGUGGGCCGUAUGGACCUUAUAGGCAGUCCGACAGAACCUCUAUUUAUCAACGAUAUGCCGAAGAAUUGAUUCAAUUGGGCCAUGCCUAUCGCUGUUCGUGCUCGCAAGAACGUCUUUUGUUUUUGAGAGACUCGGCGGCCGCUUUGAAACCGCCAACUACAGUGACUUAUGACCGUAAGUGUUUGCACAAUCCACUGGAAACCGGUGAUAUAAUUCGGUUCAAAUCGCCUUCCGUAUACGAGCCAUUUGAUGAUCUACUUCAUGGGCAUUUGAAUUUGCAACAACAGUACAAUAGUGACGAUAGACGUUACGAUGAUUUUGUGAUACUCAAAUCUGAUGGUCUUCCAACUUACCAUUUUGCCAAUGUCGUUGACGACCAUCUUAUGCGCAUAACCCAUGUCAUUAGAGGCGAGGAGUGGCUUCCUUCGACUCCAAAGCAUAUUGCAUUAUAUCGUGCCUUCGGUUGGGAACCUCCACAAUUCACCCACAUACCGCUUUUGACUUCAAUGGCCGAUAAAAAAUUAUCUAAAAGAUCUGGGGAUAUUGGUAUUUUCAGCUAUAAGGAAAGAGGAAUUCUACCAGAAGCUUUGAUUAAUUUUGUUGCUCUUCUUGGUUGGUCUCCACCAAGAGAUACUCCCGGCGUUUCAGUAGACGAAACCAUGAAUCUUUCUCAAUUGGUUGAAAAGUUCUCUCUUAACCAUUUGACGAAAGGAAAUGUCAAGGUCAAUGAGUCUAAAUUAAUUUUUUUCAACAAACAGCAUUUGCAGCAGAGAAUAUCGACCGAUUGUGAUCUGGUGGCUGCUGAAUAUUUUCCAGUCUUUGACGCAGCCACGGGCCAUAAAUUCGACAUCACAUACCUCAAGAAAAUACUUGUGGCUUUGGGUCCCAGUUUACAAUCCCUCAACGAAAUCACAACAAACCACGCAUACUUGUUUACAGACGAUGAUAUUGAUUUUACAAAAGGAACACCUACCUUCAAGAAAAUUGUACAAAGGUUCUUGGAACUCUGGGCAUCACCUUUUGCAGAAUCAACCACAAAAAUUUGUGAGGAAUUCAAUGUGAAAAAGAAGGACGUUUUUCAGUCGUUGCGCAAUGCUUUGGCUGGGGGUGCUCCUGGUCUCACAAUUCCAGUGCUAGUCGAAGUGCUAGGCGACGAUACUGCUGUCAAAAGAUUGAAAAAGUAUGUCAAUGCUUAG